AUGCGAUCUAUAUCAAUUCUUGUACUUAUUGUGUUAGCUUUGAGCAGUACAUGGACUCGUGAUAUAACAAUCAAUCAACAAUGGAAAUUAUGGAAAAAUCAAUUUAAUAAAAGUUAUACAAAUGUUGAAGAACGUCUUCGUCGUACGAUUUGGGGAAAAAACUUAGAAAUAGUAGAAGAACAUAAUCGUCAAGCUGAUCUUGGUCUUCAUACAUAUCGACUUGGAAUGAAUCAAUUUGCGGAUUUAACUAACGAAGAAUUUGUAAAAUUAUUCAAGGGUUUUCAUAGUAAAGAUAUUCGAAAAGAAAACCAAACGUUCGUGGUAAAUCCAAAUAUUGAGUUACCAGAUACUGUUGAUUGGCGGGAUAAACAUGCUGUAGUUCCAGUGAAAAAUCAAGGUCAAUGUGGGUCAUCAUGGGCAUAUUCAGCAGUUGGUUCAAUUGAAGGUGCAUAUGCAAUUAAAACGGGCAAACUUGUAUCACUUUCUGAACAACAAUUAGUUGACUGUUCUACUAAACAAGGAAAUAUGGGCUGUAAUGGUGGAUUAAUGACUCAAUCUUUCGAAUAUCUUGAAGAAGCUGGUGGUAUUGAAUCUGAAGAUACUUAUCCAUAUAAGGAUCAUGAAGAGACAUGCACAUUCAAUACAUCAAAAGUUGUCGUGAAAGUCUGUGGAUUUGUUAACAUUUCAUCAGGAAAUGAAGAUGCUCUUAAACAAGCAGUGGCUUUAAUUGGACCAAUAGCAACUGCUGUUGAUGCUAGUCGUACUUCAUUUCAAAUGUAUCAAAGUGGUGUUUAUGACGAACCACAAUGUAGUUCAGAUCAACCUAGUCAUGGCAUUUUUAUCGUUGGGUAUGGAAAUGAAUCGGGUAAAGAUUAUUGGCUUUUGAAAAACAGUUGGGGUACAGAUUGGGGUGAACAAGGUUAUAUUAAGCUUAUACGUAAUAAAAAUAACGAAUGUGCUAUUGCCACAAUGCCUAGUUAUCCAAUUAUAUGUUAA